ACUACAACCACAAGCCAGUAAUUGCUUAUCAUGUUGUUGAGAAAACCAGAGUGAUAAGGAAUGAAACUGGAGAUUCUAAAACUCUUCAUCAAGGAAAUUUUGACAAAUCAUCCAAACAGAUGGAACAUGCAAUAUUAAUUGCUAUUCUAAAUAAAAUUACACCAAUACUUGAUCAACAUGAUAUGCUUUUAGAUAUAUGUGUUGAUGGUGAUCUUGAUAGCAAUAAAACUCUGAGAGGAGAACGACAGGUCAAUAAAGUUUUUGGUGAUCUGAAGCAUAUAACAAAAAAUAUUAGAAAAAAAAUAGGUGAGAAAUUGAUUUAA